AUGUAUCUGAAAAAUCGGCCUGGCGCCAGAUUUCCGGGAAAAAGAAAACAAAACUCGGCUCAUGCGACCCAGAAUACCCCCGAUGUGCUUUUACUUGAAAACCCAAAGCCUCCGUCGUCGCUGACAGAGAAUGUCGUGGAUGAGGCGAAAGUCAAACAGUAUCUCCAGAAAUUGUCGCUUCCACAGGAAGAAAACCCCUCCGCAUGCAUCAAGUUUGUCAUUUCCGUUUCGGAAAGCCGCAAGUUCACCCCCGAGUUGCAAGACGAGUGGCAGAAACUCUUUGACAUCAGCUCCAUCUCCAUCUCUGAAGAAAACCCGUUUUCCGUCGACCAGAUUGUCACACUACACGGAAAUCUACGCCAGGUGCUGUGUGCGGCGUUGUUCUUUUCCUUUUUUCUCUGCAGCAAGGUCAACAACAUUGUGAAGACAGAGCCGUUCACACUCAAAUCGUCAAAUUACCAUUUGGAUGUUCUAAUAGAGGCUAGCCCACUUCAAAUGGAGAAGCUAGCGUCGAAGUUCCCGGCCCAAUCGAUGGAUUACAGCGCCUACGACAACAACUUGAAUCUCCACAUGGCCACGUUGCACGGAGAUUUUACCUCGUUGUUCAACAGCAUCGUUUUCAUUUUCCAGAGGUUUCGCUACGAUAAGUAUCUUUCAGCCAACGUGGAACAGUAUCCCAUCACCAGAGCCCAUGAUGGAGAUAAACUUUUCCAGCGGGAAGAGGUCAACAAAGAAGUACUCGCUCGAAACAAGAACGACCUUCUUCAGUACAUAUACACACAGGCGUAUCUCCAGCUGUGA